CCCUCCAGCGGCGUCCAUUAAUCCCACUGUAAUAGGCUGAACCCCCUUGAGGCUCUGAGCAGCAGAAAGGGCCUGGGAGGGGCUCUCCUUUGGCGGUGCCAGUGAACAGCAACGACCAUGAGGAGCCGGUGGAACCAGCCUAGCCAGACGCCGUGCACAGAAUGAGGCGUCCCUGCAAACCGAGCCUGCAAACUCCUCUGUCCGCUGCAGAUAGGGCACUGCAUGAAGACGUGUGCGUGUUUAAGUGUUCGGUGUCCAGGGAGACGGAGUGCAGCCGUGUCGGCAAACAGUCCUUCAUCAUCACGCUGGGGUGUAAUAGUGUCCUUAUGCAGUUCGCAACGCCGACCGAUUUCUGUUCCUUUUAUAAUAUCCUGAAAACCUGCCGGGGUCACAACAUAGAGCGGUCCGUGUUCAGCGAGCGGACGGAGGAGUCUUCCGCAGUGCAGUACUUCCAGUUCUACGGCUACCUGUCCCAGCAACAGAACAUGAUGCAGGACUACGUCCGGACGGGCACGUACCAGCGGGCCAUCCUGCAGAACCACAGCGACUUCAAAGACAAGAUCGUCCUAGACGUUGGCUGUGGCUCUGGCAUCCUCUCGUUCUUCGCCGCUCAGGCUGGGGCAAGAAAAAUCUAUGCAGUGGAAGCCAGCACGAUGGCCCAGCACGCGGAGGUUUUAGUAAAAAGCAACAACCUCACGGACCGGAUCAUCGUCAUCCCCGGCAAGGUGGAGGAAAUCUCGCUUCCUGAACAGGUGGACAUAAUUAUCUCGGAGCCAAUGGGGUACAUGCUCUUCAACGAACGCAUGCUGGAAAGCUACCUGCAUGCCAAGAAGUACUUAAAGCCCAGUGGUAACAUGUUCCCCACGAUCGGCGACGUGCACCUGGCCCCAUUCACGGACGAGCAGCUCUACAUGGAGCAGUUUACAAAGGCCAAUUUCUGGUAUCAGCCGUCCUUUCACGGUGUGGACUUGUCAGCACUUAGAGGAGCCGCGGUAGAUGAGUAUUUUAGACAGCCUGUUGUGGACACCUUUGAUAUCAGGAUUUUAAUGGCGAAGUCUGUUAAAUAUACAGUCAACUUCUUAGAAGCCAAAGAAGGCGAUUUGCACAGGAUAGAAAUCCCAUUCAAGUUCCACAUGUUGCAUUCAGGUCUAGUCCACGGCUUGGCUUUCUGGUUUGAUGUAGCCUUCAUUGGUUCAAUGAUGACCGUGUGGCUCUCAACAGCCCCCACCGAGCCACUGACCCACUGGUACCAGGUCCGGUGCCUGUUUCAGUCUCCGCUUUUCGCCAAAGCCGGGGACACGCUCUCAGGGACGUGCCUGCUCAUCGCCAACAAGAGACAAAGCUACGACAUCAGUAUUGUCGCCCAGGUGGAUCAGACGGGUUCCAAGUCCAGCAACCUCCUCGACUUGAAAAACCCCUUCUUCAGGUACACGGGCACGACUCCUUCCCCCCCGCCGGGCUCCCACUACACGUCUCCGUCAGAGAACAUGUGGAACACGGGCGGCUCCUACAACAUGAACACGGGGAUGGGCGUGGCCGGGAUGCCCACGGCCUAUGACCUCAGCAGUGUUAUUACCGGCGGCUCCAACGUCGGCCACAACAACUUGAUUCCUCUAGCAGCCAGCGCGGGGAUUGUCAAUCACACGCACUCCAGGAUGGGCUCCAUCAUGAGCACCGGCAUCGUCCCAGGCUCCUCCGGCAGCCAGAGCGGAGGCGGUUCGAGCGCUCACUACCCCGUCAACAGCCAGUUCACCAUGGGGGGCCCCGCCAUCUCCAUGGCCUCCCCCAUGUCCAUCACCACCAACACAAUGCAUUAUGGGAGCUAAACCACCUCCGCCCGGAGGUCUCUGAACUGACAGUGCCAGGAAACCAAAUGAAGACGCCCCCUCCCCCCUGCCAGCUGGCUCGCUGGGGCCGUUUUUACCGGCCCACGAGCCCAACCCGCCCCUCGGCUCCGCCGCUCUUUGAUAUCGGCCUUGAACAGUUUUUUAUGAAAUGUCGAACCUCAGAUUCUCCGCCCGCGUCGAGCCCCAUGCGCUAGCUGCCCCCUGCCACCCGAUCAUGUAGCAAGUCCUGUUAGUUCACCACCUUCCGUAAUAGC